AUGAAAUUGAGGGUUGGGAGGAUGAUGUCCAAGGAAUUCUACUGGGCCGACCAUUACGACUACGAGGAUGUGCACCGAGGGCCAUUCACGACUAGCUACGCUUGGAUUGAGUCCAUUCGACAACUGGUCAAAAUUGACUGCAGUAAUUUGGACGCGGGCGGGGAACCGAUCUAUGCGAAUGACGCUCGGAAGAUCAUCAAGCGACUUGCAAACAAACUAAAAGUGCUGUUCCAUGUUUCCGGACCCACGGAGUCCUCUGUUGUCACCAAUUGUGAUCUUUCUACUCGCAACAUCCUCGUCAAAGAUAACGAGCUCGCCGGGGUUGUCGGCUGGGAAAACUGCGUCGCUUUGCCACGGUGGGCUGCUUGCGAGGUACCCGAAUUCCUUCAGGGAAGGACGCGCCACGAAGAACCAGACGAGAAAGAUUACGAUGAGCGAGACCACGAGGAGUACGACAGUCACGUUAUGGAAUGGAUCCGCACCAAGGCACGCGGAGUGUUUCUGGGAGAGAUGGCAGGUCUCGCACCUGAAUGGAUAGCGACUUACCAGCACGGGAUGACCAUCCUAAGGAAAGACUUCAUGAGGGCUGCCAGGAUGUGCCACGACCGAGAAAAACAAGGCGCAAUCAAUUCGUGGCUCGACGACUUCGAGACCUUCCAACAUAAUCGAUACGAGCAACAUCCCCAAGGUCGUGAUACUUCACUUGAGGAGCUGGGAUAUACAAUUCGGAGCCUUCGAGACCACCUUUACGACCCCGACAACCUAUCUACCGGAGUUGGACCACAACUGACGUAG